CGCUGAUUCAAGACACGAAUCAGUCCGAUUUUGUGAACCGGUUCAUCCAGUUCACUGAAAAGAACUGGUUCAAAAAAACGAUUCGUUCACGAACUGGCCAUCACUACUUUUUAUUCUCCUUUCUCACAGUACCGAAAGAACCCCAAUAACAUUACCGAAUUUGGGUGAAGUAUGGAGUCCUGGAUACCUGCUCUAUUAUCUGUCCUCAUACUAAAUCCAUUCAGAACUUCAGCACAUAAAGUUCCACCUCUUAAUUACUGUUACACAGAAGAUCCCUGCGGUCCAUAUCAGUGGGUGAAAUCCUUUCCUUCUUGCAUCACCAAAGACUCUACACUGCAUUCUCCCAUCAACCUGAAACAUGAUGCUAUUAGUAACAACUCUAUCAAUCCUCUGGAUCUGCGAGACUUCGCUGUACGUCAGAGUUCCUGGACUGUAAGGAAUGCCCGUGACACUGUUGUUGUGGAGUUUCAAGCAGGCAUGAGUGUGAAAGGUGGCAGUAUAAAUCAUAAUUACCGAAUCGUUGAGAUGAGAUUCCACUGGGGAUCGAAUAUCACCAACGGAUCAGAGCAUAAACUUGAUGGUCGGAGGUUUCCUAUGGAGAUGCAAAUCGUCGGUGUCGCUCCUGGAUUCGCUGAUGUGGAAGCCGCUUCUGCUAAUCAGUCAGGCCUGCUUAUGCUGGGAGUCUUCAUUGAUAUCGCCUCCGCUGAGAAUAAAGCGUUUAAAGCAUUAUCUCAUGCUGUGUCCAAUGUGAUGUACCCAGGUGAUUCCUUCAACGUGACUCCUCCAGCACUGUCAGACCUCCUUCCUGAGGACCAUAAAUUCUAUCAGUAUAACGGAGGCCAGACCGUUCCGCCCUGCCUCCAGACCGUGACUUGGAUUGUAUUUGAGAAGCCCAUUUUUAUCUCCAGAGAGCAGUAUUUGCCAUUCGUCACACGUCUGUAUUACACGGAUAAGAGCGACACUGCGAAGAAGUUACUGGUGGAAAACUAUCGAUUCAUUCAGCCGAGCUUGAACCGUCAAAUCUUUGUGUCAUCUGCAGUAAAGAUCGACUCUGCCUCUGCCCCUGCCCCUGCCUCUGCCCCUGCAAGCACAGCCGCUCUAAACCAGCACGCAUCCAUCAUCCUGCUCCUCAUCCUCAUCAGCACAAUGCCUUAACAUCAAACAUGAAGCUUUUAUCAUAAUUAUACCUUCCAUUCCAUCAAACCAGCAUCGCUAGAGUGUAUUAAUGCUUUCUAUUUCAAUGCCAGCUCAAAAAUGAACAUAAACGAAACCUAAUAGUUUGGGGGGUUUUUUUACACAUAAAAAAAAAAACAGUUAUAAAAUCUUCUUUACUAAUUUUUGUUCUCAUACUUUUAUUUGAGAGCUUUCACCUGGACAUGGCAUGGUCUGGAAUUGGAUGCCUGUGCAAGAAUUCAUUUAAUCAAACACAACCUUAAUUGUCCAUAAAGAACAACUGAUAGCAUGUAGGCAUGAAAGAAAAUGUAAAGGGAAACAACAAGCUGAAUGAAGCAUGCAGAAACACAACCUCAAAUGUCUAGGCAAUGUCACCGUUUGUUCAGGAUUUGUUCAUGAGUCUGUUCCAUCGUAUCACAACGAUUAUUAGACGGGAGAUUGUUCUGUAAAUUGUGAACGUUUUUUCUAAAUACAUAGACAGGUCCUCAAUUUUUUUUACUGCUAUUAAAGCAUUUUUUCUCUCUUUAUUAACAAAAUAUAAUACUAGUUCCUGUAAAGUGGCCACAUGGUGGCUUAGUGGAUAGCACGUUUAAAAUAGUACUUUUGGUGACAUAACCGUAUUUAUUAGGGUUACACGAUGAAGACCGCAAGAAUCCUGACAGGUCAAGUAAAAAACUGAACCAUUAGAUUUAUUCCAGUUUAAAAAAAAAUAACUCAUUAUAUCACAAAUCACAAGGAAUUAAUACAUUUUGUAGUUGAAUUAAACCGACAGCUUAGUGUGUACUGUACUGUUACUUAUUUGAACUUGCCAAAUACAUGUGUAGGUUUGUAAUUACCAGAAAUAUACUGCUGGAAUAUUUGUUUCGGGUUAAUGUUGUCUAGUUUGCCGUGGUGGACAUGGCACACUGCAAUACUGUUCAGUCUCGCUUGUGUCAUCAUUGUUCUGAGCCAUGUUUUUAUUCUUCUGAGAACUCUGGUGGACCCAUGGGCGUAAAUCCCGUGGGGGACGGAGGGGACAUGUCCGUCCCCCCCCAAUCCGAGGGCUGUCCUCCCAAAAAAAUUUAUUUAAAAAAUAUCGCACUAUCUAUUGUGAAAAAUAUAUGUACAGUAUGUAUACCUAAAUAAUUGUGUAAGUAGAAAAAAAACAAACGCAAAAAAUGUUCACUGACGCACGAGUCAGGUGUGUGGCUCAAUUAAUGUUGAACUCCAUUAAGUAGGGGAUUUUAUUCGCUUUAAUUAAAGCGGACUCAUUCAUAAAUUAGUUGCGGCAAAAAUGCUGAUUACCGAUGUAAUUUCCCGUGAAUCUGCUAUAUUAGCGAUUAACAUAUUACUUAUCUAGUUAACGUUAGCUUGUUUACAAUAGCUUGUUGCAUAGUACACUGUAACUAACACGCCAAAGCCGUUUUGUUGGUUUAUACAUAGAGCAGUUGCUGUAAAGUGAUUAUUUGAUAAUUGAUUUUGUUACAAAACAUUACUUAUUUUAUAUAUAUUUUUCACAAUAACAGUCAUGUUUAUAUUUUAUUGUAUGUUGAUGGCUUAACUGUAAACAACACAAACAAUGCAAUAAAUUAGUUUUGAAGAAAAAUCUGCUGUCAGUGAACCAGAGAAAAUAACCGUAAUGACGCAUAAUGUCUCCAUGCUACAAUAAUAAUGAUAAAAGCAAAGUUUUUCACUGUGGGGACAUGUCUUUAUAAGUACAAUUAGACAGUAUUAUCUGUGUCCCCCUUCAAAAAUUGCUCAUGAGAAAUGUUAUAUUUAUUUUUUGAAAUUUACGCCCAUGGGUGGACCUGUGGUUGUUUGUAAGGCUCUAUCCUUCUAUGCUUGUGACCGGUAGCUGUUUGUGACUAGAAAUUGUUAUUUCCAGUGAUUAUUUUUGUAGAAAAUGACAAGGACAGAGGGGACUGGAGACGAGUUGUCAUGACUUAGGUUCGUAAACAGUAGGUCUUCUAGUAGGUCUUGGUAAGGAUAAGAUUAGUUUGAUCGGGAGGUGAGCAUGCGUUGUGCAUGUAAGCCAAUGACUAAUGAUUUUUUUUCCUCUAAAUGGUUUCUUGCUUGAAUCCUGCAUAUAAAAUCUGGACGUAAUCAAUGAUCUGGGUGCUGCCUCACUAAUGCUACACAAGGAGUGUUGGCUCCUGUUGUGCAGCAGCACACAAUAAAGUUGUGAAACCUUUUUACUUUUGCCCGUGCCUAUCAGUGUGAUACUUUAUACUUUAUAUUUCUCAAAACUCAAAACUUCCACAAGAAGGUGGUGUUUUUACACGAUUCUGCUUUUGAAACUUUUAGAUUCCCAGGGAGGCUUGUGAGCACUUGAGCAUUGAAGGCUGUUAACUUCUCCUCAAACCGCAAAAUUGGCCCUAAGCGUGAUUGGACUCGGGAGUUGACCGUGAGCCGAGCAAUUGGACACGUGGGAGGUGAGAUAACUGCAAAAAUAAUUGUAAGGUUGUAAGAGUUUUCAGAAAAGCAUGGUUAAAUUUAUUAGAGUGGCAUAGUAAAAUGAUACUGUGGGUGUCUCUGUGUAGAAAGAGCUGUACAGACAGGAUUUAGACCUGGAUAUGUCGACAGGUUAGGGACCUGUACUGUAUAGGCACCUAGUGCAUGGCCUAGAGAACAAAAACCUCUCUCGGCAUCAGCUGAUGACACUCGGACGGCUGGAAACAACCUGACAACGGUUUCAACUUGACCUUUCAAACAGGCCUCUCAAUUUAACUGACAUUCCUCUAAGGAUAUUAGCCACUUCAGUGCUAGAUCUAAAAGUGUUUCAGGAGCGAAACAUGGCUAGCUGGACUUUUAGAUUGUCCCUGUUCAGUUCUGAAUUCUGAUCAACAAUGUCACUCACUUUUCCAGUUAGUAGAGUUUCCUCUAACUUCUGCAGAACAUCUAGAUUUGGUUGAUUGAACAUGUCCCUAAGCUGAAAAUCAACACUAUCUAGAAUUUUCUAGAAUUUUGAUCUGUAAUGCACCACCAGUUACAGGACAGUGUGCUUGCUCGCCUUGGUAUUACCGGUAGCUUGUAUAAUCAUUCACAUCGCGUCUUGACAGAGAUUUGGCACUUCAUAGAACAGAAUAUACCUGCAGCCUACAUUACACCUUAUAGAAAAAUAAGGUCUGGACUCAUUGCAGAGAACGAGAUCUACUGUAUUAACCGUUUGUGUACCACAAAUUGCUCUAUUUCACAGAACGUGGUUGUGAAAAAUGUUUAAUCUUUUUAAACAUUUAAAUGUUUAUUGGAUUAAAUAAAUGUUAAAUAAAAUAGUAAAAAACUCAAAUUAUUGCUAGGGACAAUUCAGUGUUCCCUUGAUAUUGGUGGGGACAUGUCGCCUUUGUGUAAAGGUCAAACAAUAAGACUGAACUACAAAAUAAAUAUGCAUAAAAUUAAGCAAAACUUAACGCCAAUCCUAUAACGCCAAAUGUAUCAUAUUUGAUACAUGAGUUUCUGAGACUUGCAUUAUUAAUACUUUCCUCAGAAACCUGUUGUAUACAAUCUGAGACUGGUCUUCUGCCCCUAGUAGAAUUACCCAUGCUCUGCAGUCAGUAGCAGGCUUUAGGCCAGGGGUAUCAUACUCACAUUUGCUUGUGGCCACUGCUGAGAUUGACAUUAUGACAUUUACAUAAAAGAAAGCACAAUAUUUUUGGAGAUGUACUUUAUUUAACAUCUCGCAGGAGGGUCGUUGUAACAUUUACACAAAAAAAGCACAAUAUCUUUGGAGAUGUACUUUAUUUAAAAUCUCGCAGGAGGGCCAUUAUAACAUCUACACAAAAGAAAGCACAAUAUUUUUGGAGAUGUACUUUAUUUAAAAUCUCGCAGGAGGGCCAUUAUAACAUCUACACAAAAGAAAGCACAAUAUUUUUGGAGAUGUACUUUAUUUAACAUCUCGCAGGAGGGUCGUUGUAACAUUUGCACAAAAGAAAGCACAAUAUUUUUGGAGAUGUACUUUUUACUUGACCAUACUUAAAUUUAACGUUGCCAGAUAUUUACACACGUGGAGGUCAUUCUUUCAGGAACCGCCCCAUCGUGUCUUUGGUUUUAACUUUGAUUCUCUGAAUUUAGCCCUUAGCUCACAGUUGCACUGCAAGUCAUUAAGUUCCAUUUACAACAGAUUUUUGCUAUAAGCUGUGUUUUCAGUACCUCAUAAAAGUACAGUACAUCACCAUAUGCUGAUUCUAUUACUCUUAAAAAAUAUGAGAAAACGUAAAUGGCCGGCUGAGCAUUGUCAUUUUUGUGUGCGCUUUCCACAAGCGCAACAGAGUAAAAGUUUAGCUUUGCUGCGUAACUGAUCAUACAUGUCACUUGACAGCUCACCAAUCCAGCUCGCCAGCUUUCUUA